UGUUAACCAUUAAUCCACCAAAGGAGUACAAGUACGCAGUUUUUCCACCUAAUUUAAACUCCUCUCACACUUCUCAGAAGGAACACACACAUCACUUGGAGAAGGACUCAUGGCUGACAGAGAAACUACGACAAUGCUCAUCAUUGCUCUCAUAUUGGUGAUCAUUUACACAUUUGCACCGUGCUCUGGAGCAAAUGUUAAAAUUGGUGUCCCUGAAAACUACGAUGGUAUUUUCCCAUGGUAUCUGGCCAAGCUUCGUAACCUGCCAGGAAAUUACACAGAGCUGACGGUAACGGGGGAUGAUGAGGGGAUAUUCGGAGUGGACGCUCAGUUUCUGUACGCUCUAAAACCACUGGACAGAGAGAAACAGCCGUCAUACUCUCUGCAGGUGUCCUUCAGAACAUCAGAGCACCGUCAGAGCUUCACCGUUGAAGUGUGUGUCAUCGAUAAGAACGACAAUGUGCCCAUUUUCAUAGGGGAGAGCAUGAGAGGCAGUGUGCAGCUCGGGCUUCUCAAAGGGAUUCCGUUCAUGCAGGUGGAUGCACGGGAUCGUGAUGACCGCAACACCGCCCACGCUGAGCUGCGCUUCAGCCUCAUGGAGCAGACGCCCAGGAUUCCCUCCAGCCAAAUGUUUUUCAUCAGCUCCAUCACUGGAGAGGUUUCCCUCACAGAGGAAGGAGCCUCUACUCUGGACCCUGAGAUGUGCGGCCGUUACAAACUCUUGGUGAUGGUGAAGGACAUGGCUGGGAAGACGAAUGCUUUCUUCACCAACGGGAUCGUUACGGUGGAGGUGACGGGAAACACUUGGGCCUCGCCCGACCCGGUACGACUUCAGGAGAACCUCCCGGGCCCCUACCCCAUCCCCAUCUCACAGGUCAAAUGGAGUGGAAGUCAGGCAGAGUACAGUCUGGAGGGGGAGUUUCCAGAGAUGCUCUUCACCAUCAGCAGAGAAGGAGUCAUUUAUCUCAACGCCCCUCUGGACAGGGAGACACAAGACCAGUUCCAGAUCAGCAUCGUGGUUGAGCGUCCAGAUGGCAGAGAGAUUGCAAAGCCUGUGGAGUUGAGGGUGAUGGUGGGCGACGCCAAUGAUAACAGACCCACUUUUCCACAGGCACAGUACCACACUGUGGUCAAGGAACUGGCUGCUCGAGGGACAGAGAUCCUGACAGUGCAGGCAGCCGAUAAUGACGAUCCCAAGACGGAUAACGUGCGGAUCUUCUACCGUUUAGUCGGACAAAUUCCAGAGAGUCCUCGAGCCCUCUUCAGAGUGGACCGUGACUCGGGGGUCAUCUCUGUGCAGGCAGACAGUAUGGAGGGCACAGCCCCUCAGUACACCCUCACCAUCACUGCUGAGGAUGCCAAAGGUCUUAACAGUUCGUGCACUUUGGUGGUGACGGUACAGGAUGAGAACAACAACCCACCAGUCUUCUCCCAACAUGAGUAUGGGCCCUUCCACAUCCCAGAGGACGCUCUGGUGGGCACCACAGUAACAGCUGUGCUGGCCGGGGAUGCAGAUGUUCGAGGAGGAGACAGCUGGCAGGUGGACUACCGUUUAGAGUCCGGUAAUGAGGAGGAGGUCUUUACAUUUGUGACAGACAAGCAGACCAAUGAAGUCUCACUGAUCCUUUCAAAGGUGUUGGACUUUGAACGUGAGAGUGAGUACAUCCUGGUGCUUAGCGCUCAGAACCCAGUGGCUCUGGUCCGAGGCCGAUACGGACCUGCAUCCACGGCAACUGUCUCCAUCUAUGUGGAUGAUGUGAAUGAAGGUCCGAUUUUGUCUCAGAGCCAUUAUGAGGUUACUGUCAGAGAGGGGGAAGAGCCAGGACGGGUCAUCGCCACCAUCCGAGGUUAUGACCCCGACUCUCACCCAAUCAGAUAUUCUCUUCAAGGGGACACCAAGAAAUACUUUUCUAUAGGGAAGUAUUCUGGUGAACUAAAGACGGUGCAGGCCUUGGACAGAGAGGAGAACAGCACAUACACCAUGGAGGUCAUUGCAGUGGAUGGGCGAAACUCUUCCUUGUCUGCGUCCACCCUGGUGACGGUCCAAAUCCUGGAUGUGAACGAUAACAGCCCGGUUCUGGUUGGAGACUAUUCCUGGAAGUACCUGUGCACGCCUCGCUGGGAGGACCAAGCUCUGGUGCUGGCCUCACGGGACAGUGAUGGGCCGCAGCACGGGGGAAGACUCAACUUCUCCCUGCGCAGUGAUGCCACAGUGCGACGUAACUGGAAACUAACGCCGAUUAAUGAUACUCACACCAACCUGUCCCUGAACAUCCCGUACCUCGCCCCUGAGGUCUACACUGUGCCCUUCACCAUCUCUGACAGCAGCUCUCCUCCCAGGAGCACCUUCAUAAACCUGCCAGUGACAGUGUGUCCCUGCAACGUCAGAGGGAACUGUAAAAUGGCUGCCAAGCAGUUGCAGGGCAUGCCAACUAUCCAGUCUGCAGUGGGGAUUCUGCUUGGCACUUUUGCAGUCAUUGGAACUAUUCUCGUUGUUGUGUUUGUGAGACUCUCCUACCAAAACCCAAAAGAACCGAGCAAAACGAACCAGGAGAGAGUUCCCCUGAAGACUUCUAUCUGAUUAGGAUGAAACUGAUGAAAUUGUGCUUCCUGCUCACUGCCUUCGCCAAAGGGAUCAAUGUAACAAUGUUGCUUUUAGGGCACUGAGUUCAUUAUCUGAAUGUCUAAAAGUGAAUGUAUAUUUCAGUUAUUAGAUCAAACGUCAGAUGUUCUGAGCAGAAGUACAAGACAUUUUAAAUUAGCCUAGAUGUGUAAUUUGCAGUAUGAAAUGGUCCGGCCCGAGCAUGGGACAAGAUGUUGACUUGUGUUUUAGGUUUGUCUUUUGUAUUGUUAUAGAACUGUUUAUUUGUUUAAAAAUGAUGCCUUUUUACUAGCACAGAGCAGUGGGGCCAUGGGUUGUUAUAACAAUUUAGAGAUUUCAGAAUUAAGUCAUAAUAUUAAAAGUAAAAAGCUACUUUAUUUCAACGUUAUUCUUAAAAUGUUUUUUUGUCUAACCUUGGCCCAAAUCCUCUCUUCAUUCACACUGCAUGUUUCUGUUGUUCAUUCAUGUUAUACACAUCUGGUGAUGGAAGUAUGAUACUAUAACUUAGAUCUCUAAUUA